AUGGUGUCUACUCGUCAGUCGAGCAGCAUAGGAGGGAGCGGAGGAAGCGGUUCGGUCACUGACGUAGUCGGAGAGGCAGGGCCGUCUCGUAGGCACCAUGCACAAGUACAAGGCGGACCGUCCAAUACGGCACCAAUCUCGGAAACUGCAUUGACUUGCAACGUGAAUCUUCUGGAUCUACCUACCGAGAUCUUAGAAAAGAUUCUUACUUAUUUGGACUACAAUACCAUUGCACAUUUACGUCCAGUCUGCCAUCGGAUGGAUCGAGUUUGCGGUUUCAUCCUUAAUUCUACGUUCCAGCGGUUGCAAACCCAGAUGCUCGGUCGCUUCCAAAUGAUCAAGGCACAAAUGCCAAGACGAGAGUCUGCUCGUCGCAAUCACCCAUUGGCCUGUGAAUCGGACAUUAUUGAAACAUUACAUAUGCGGCUUACACUUUUACAAAUGAGCUUUGGAAAGCACAUUGAGCGUAAACACUGUUGCUUCUUUCCUGGAGAGAUAUUGGACGAGGUCUACCGUAUAUUACAUUGUAUAAAAGUCACCCCCAAACUCGCUAGGCCUUACAAGGUUACCGACGAAUUGUUUGAUUUGAGCACAAUGGCAAUGGAGUACUUCAAAGAACGUAUCGAGCCGACACUUCCCGAAAUCCCAUACUUUGGAGCCGAUUUUCUAGAUCUCACUGGAACUUUCUCGUCUUCUAGUAACGUCAGCAAACCUUUUAUGUGCCUGGAUUCUGCUCCUUUGAGUGUCGGAGCUGGAAAGUCAGGACGGAGUAGUGGCGAAGAAGGUUCUUCGCCACAUGCUUCAGAUGACCCAGGAUUACUGGAGUCCAAUGUAUCUCCUCCGCAGUCGAACAUGGUGCUACGCAAACGUAUUAGGAAAAUCAAGCAGGGCAUGAAGAGGUACAACAGCCAGUUGACGUUAAUGCGCAGGGAUCUGCGAAGCUGCAAAGCCAAAAUUGCUGAACAACAGAAGCAAAUUGUCGAGUACGCCAAUCGGCUCGACGACAACGACAAGAAGAACGAAGAGACGUCUCGUAAAUUUAGCACUCUCCUACAGGUAUUUACCAAGGAGUUGAACAAGUGCAAGACGGAGCUGCAGUACUGGCGGUCGAAAUCCCCGGCGAUACCGGUCUGCGUGGGAUGCGGACAAUCGAUGCCGGUGCCCACGGAAGACCUUCAGGCCCUCGCCAACCAAGGAGUCCUCCCGGAAGCUCUCGGCGAGGGCCUCGACUUCAUUCCCAUAGCCGAUGCCCAGAGCCCCACCGAGGUCGGCACCCAAUCCGCAGCCGUUCCGAGCCAGCCAUCGGUUCCCUCGGUGGACAUGGCGCCGCCAAAGGCUCCCGUGCCUUCGGUCUCCUCGAAGCGGAAGGCUUCCUUCGAGGAGACGCCGAGCGACGCUGCGAAGAAGCCUCGCCGCACUGCCAAGUCUCGUCAGGCUAAACGCUCAAAGAUAUAAGCCGAUUCUGAUUAUGGUACAAAUGUCCAAGAACAUCUCGGGGGUCGUGGAGGAUACGGUGUCCGCGAGAGCCUUCGGCGGAGUCUGCGAGCGGACGAUCUUAGAAGAGUACAAAAUUCUUUCCCGCUCGUCCUGUGCAUCCUAGCGCAACGAACUUCUCGGUGAUGUAGGGCCGUCCUCGGCGUCGUCUCGAUUCGGGGGAGUCCUCGAGUCACGAUUAUUGAUUUCGGGUUUCUUGGACGGCACGGGGUGGGAUGCGAAGUCGGGCCUAGAAAUUCGCAAGUCCGAGGAAUCGCGCCUUCCGCGUUUUUGACGGAAAACUCGAUAAGUUUCUCUUUUGAGAUACGGGCACGGAUUGCACGUCCGACACCGUGUCGGGGAGGGGGAGAUACGCCGGGAGUACAGCGUGACACAAAUAUUCUAAAUGAUAGCCGAUCGUCCGUUCCGUCCCCGCUCGAUCGCGAACGGUAAAAUCGUCUUCGCCCCUUGGUAAAGUAAUCUAUACCAUUAGUUAUCGCAAUGAAAUAGCCGAGGAAAGUGGACGACACCGAUCGACUCGCGAUCGAUGGUCUCGUUUUGCGUGGCGAGUCGUGCAUUCGAAGGAUCUUUGCGUGUUGUAUGGACAUCCGUUGGAGACGUGCAAAGACGAAUCGUCGGGCACGUUACACCCACCAUUUUCCUCGAGUAGUCAAUGUGCACUGGUUUUCAUUUUAUUUUCAGCGUGGUACCUAGUAUUUCGAUUCGACGAAGACCGACUGCCUCACUCGACUCAUUUAACUGUACGUACGUUUAGGACAAUACGGGGGAAAGACGUUCGCAUUCGCGAUCGCAUUGGGAAGCGUUAAAAUCGAGAACGGUUGUAUGUGAAAAUUACUGUAAAAGCGCAAAGCAACUCGGAACGGGCGUGAUUCGAUUACCUCGAUUGAUUUAUUGCCGUUUUUCGUGGCUUCGUGCGUAUGAUAAGUUGAAGCAGAGGAUGUUACCGCUUGAAUUACAAUAUGGAUAGUCGUAGAUUGCAAUUUUAUAAUUCCGUAAUACGACGUCUGUAAUAUAUCGAGUCAAAUUAUAUGGGUGGGCAAACAUUUAGUAGACUGCUCGAUCGUUGAAACCAUUUGAAUUUCAUAAUUUUUAGAAAUUGUAAAAUAUUAAAAAAAAAAAUUAUGACCUUUUCUUAACGGAACAACAUGUAUUAUACAGCUCGUGCUUCAACUGUCUGCGGAAAAUAUAGAUAAAUGUUUAGGGCAAUAUCGAACCAAGGUUAACAUCGAAGAGCAACGAGGUAGUAAAAAAAAAAAAAGAAAAAUCAAAGGAAUCCAUAUGAAGCAUUACAAAGUGCAGUUGCGAACUAAGCAUAAUUCCGGGCGUAUUUACAGAAAUUUCUAUACAACUCUCGAGCUCGACCUUAGAUGGCCGAACUUGUAGAAUUUUAUUUCGCAGUACCGAUCGACGAGUACCUGAUAAGGACUGAGUGAGACUGGUUCGUGCAGGUACUUCGAGGUGCACUUAAGAAACCAUAUCAAUUUCCUCGUUUACCCAUCCCCGUCGGACUGGUUGUAGGAAAUGAAUGAUUUCGCCUCUGUUUACCUAUUUUAAGUAGCGUUCAAUGAUUUCAGGUAAAUUUUGCACAUACCUGACUCCUGUUUAAAGUUGAAAGUUCAAAGCUUCAAAAUUCUGUAUCGAAUGAAUUAGCGGUUUUCUCCUCGUA